AUGAGUUUGCGAAGCGGUAGGUUGCCCGGUCUAGGCAAGGAUCCAACUACAGCCGCCGAGGCAUCAAAUCUCAUACAUGCACAUGCCGUUGCCCUUCGCUGGGCGUCUACUCGGAAUGUUACUAAAAGACCAUUCUUUCCCGAAAGGAAUGGCAAAUGUACUAUCUGCGGCGACAGCUUCCCUGGCUACGAGCUUCAGCGUUUAAACUGCGGCCAUCGACAUUGCCGCGAUUGUUUGCGUCGAAAUUAUCAGCAUGUAAUCAAUAAUCCCGAGAAUCACCCAGCGAAGUGCUGCCAAGGUCUUUCAUUCUCAGAAACUUCAUUCGUGUUAACAGAUGAAGAAAUGAAAGCCGUUUUGGAAAUUCAGAGCUCCCAUGAGUCCACAAAGAUUAUUCCUUGUUUUUCUUGCGAGGGAGAUAUCUAUUUCAGUGAUAUUGGCAGAGACGCGGCUUAUUGCAGUAGUUGCGAUAAAUUGACUUGUACUAUAUGUCGGAAGGAGAUGCAUGAUGACUUAUGCCCGGAAGAUCCUGAGACAGAGAAAUUGAAGGCGCUCGCUAAAGAGGAGGGGUGGACGCAGUGUCCAAAGUGUAAUCGCUUGGUUUUCAGAGUUUCGGGGUGUAAUAGCAUGACAUGCCUUUGCAAGACAAACUUUUGUUUCCGUUGUGGUGGUUUGUACGGGAAGUGCAACUGCGCUUUUAUACCACGAGAUCCAACCGAGGCCGCGAACAAGAGCAAAGCUGAUAUCCACUUUGGCGCCGCAUUCACGAGUGGGUCGUCUUCGCGAAAGGCCAGCACGAAAGAGAGAUUGAAUUACAGGAUCUUAAGAGAUCAUAGAAAUUUAGCACUACGGAAUCAACAGAACCAAAAGGCUAAGUUAAAGGAUCUUAAGUUAAAGCGGCAACUCAAGCUGAAGGAAGACGAAAUGGCUAGAGAAAUUGUUCGGCUGAGAGUCAAGAUGCAUGAAUUGGCAGCAGCUGAGAAGCUCGAAAAGAAGGAGAGGAAACAAGCUAUUCGAAAUGGGGAGGUUGUCGAAGAUCUAGGACCAGAUCCGUAUAAUCAAGUUACAAGGGUACUUGUUACCAGGAGAAAGAUUUAUACUUCAACAGGGGUGAUUGCAGCUAAAGAUAUUGACCAGAGGCCAGUUUCAAGGCGAACUAGAAGCCAGAACUAG